AUGACAUCAGCGCUUUCCUCGUUGCAGGACGACGCCCAGCUGGAUGAUAUCAUAGACCGGCUGCUGGAUGAAAUCCGGCAGCUCUGCCUCACGGCCAAGGAGAUUUUCAUGACCCAGCCCAACCUACUGGAACUGGAGGCACCCAUUAAGAUUUGCGGCGACAUUCACGGGCAGUACUCUGAUCUCCUGCGGCUCUUUGAGUACGGAGGCUUCCCGCCAGAGGCCAACUACCUCUUCCUGGGCGACUACGUGGAUCGAGGGAAGCAGAGCCUGGAGACCAUCUGCCUCCUCCUCUCCUACAAGAUCAAGUACCCCGAGAACUUCUUCUUGUUGCGGGGCAACCAUGAGUGCGCGUCCAUCAACCGCAUCUAUGGCUUCUACGACGAGUGCAAGCGGCGGUACAACAUCCGGCUGUGGAAGACAUUCACCGACUGCUUCAACUGCCUGCCCGUGGCGGCGCUGAUCGACGAGAAGAUCCUGUGCAUGCACGGCGGCCUCUCCCCCGAGCUCAAGUCGCUGGAGCUGAUCAAGCGCAUCCCCCGCCCCACCGACGUCCCCGACACGGGCCUCCUCUGCGACCUGCUCUGGGCCGACCCAGACAAGGACGCGGGGCACGUCUGA